AUGGACUACAUUGAGUCACCGAAGAAACCUCGUGUUGUGUGGCCCGGCGAGUUCGAGAAUCAAUUGAAGAAACGUGAUCGCAACCUGACGAAACUUGGUGCGAAACCAAAAAGAAAUCAUACAUCAAUCAGCUCAAUUUGCAGAGAAUCGAGAGAGUGGCCGGAACACUCCAGCAGUGAAUACUCCUUCCGAUUCGGGAAGUGUGACUUCAGAGUAGCAUGGUGUGUACUUGUCAAAACUGAAUUAACAUGUUGCAGGGAUCCUGAAGAGGAGAAGCCGAAAAAGGAGAUUCCUCGCGGCAAACCGAAAAAAGUGAAGAAUGCAAACUCUUUUUUGCCUCCACCGGAUACUCAUUACAUGGAUGAAUAUCUGGAUCCUCCCAAGAAACUGAAUCCGUCGUCCGGUGGAAGCUCAUUUUUCCUCGUCUCAAGCAAUUUGGUUAAUGAGUAA